UUGGGGUUGACAGGCAGAGCUGCAGCUGCCACUCAGGCUCUUGGCCACUUCUGGGGGUCCUUCCACCCUCCACUUGGUCCAGGGUCACUCACAGAGUAAGGGAAAGCUCUUUCCACUGCACCACACUUCUGAGGGUCCCCACAGCCCUCCCACCCCCAUUGGGGCACUGGGGGGUGCCAUUUCCCCGCCUCUCAUGUGAGCCUGCGUGGAGAUGGGGGAAGCUCACUGCCUUCCCCCUCCUCUGCCGUGUGUGCAUUGGGGGUCACUGCUGCUCCUCUGAGCGGGGAGCCCAGGUCGGGGUGCCUGAUGGGCCAGGCACUGGGACACUUUCUGACCUUGCCAGGUAUCUGGAGCUGCCCACUCCCUCUCUGCUGUCAUUUUCCCUCUGGGUUGGAAAAGGUCAGAGGCCGGCCUGGAGUGGAGGCUGCCUGGCUAACACCAGGGGAUGGCAGCCUCCUGUUGUCAUGGGGCAGCAGAUGGCAGCCCUUCCCUUCAUCCUCUGCGCUGGACCACCUGGCCCCCUCUGUUGGGUCUGAGGGGGAGGUGCCGGCUCUGCCGGUGGGCGUCUGGGGGGCGCCAGUCCCGCCCACCCCCUACCCGCUGUGCGCCAGAGCGCAGGCCCCAGCAAGGCAGAGGCGGCCCGAGGGGUGGGGCGCCCAUGUCUCUGAAGAUGCCUCCAGCAUUCUGCAUGAGAGCUGGGCACGCUGAAGCCCUCCUGGCGUCACUGCUGUUCACCCCCAUGGUGUCCCACUACUCGUGUGUGGUCCCCUUGUCCUAGUCCCGCUAGAUCUGGGACCCCGGGGGUGUCUGGAGCUGUGGACUUGGGCGACUCUGCCCCCAUCCCUGCCGUCUGGGUCUAGCAUCCUCUCUGGGCGCCCCCCGCCGGGCCAGGAGGGCGGAGGUGGAGAGUCGGCGUGAACGCGCUUCCCAGGCGCGCAGCGGUUACCAUGGCAGCGCCGGCGCAGAGCGUAGACCGCAGGGCCCAGGGCGGAGGCCGCCCAAGCCCUGGGGUGACCGAAUCCCCGCGGGGACUCGUCAUGCCGGGCCGUCGCCUCCGUUGCUCUCGCUCUAACGGGGGGCGCCUUGCCCGCCGAGCCUGCACGGAGGCGGCCCCUUCCUCUCUCGCCCUCCGAGGCGGGGGAGGGCUCUGUUCGCCCCUCCCCGGCUCCCUGCCGACCUUGGCGUCUCCAGGAAACGCCGGAGCGCCCAGCCCAUCGCCAUGGCAACGCGGGCCGGGCCGGCUCCUCUUCAGGGAUGACUGACGUAGGGGGUCUGGCCCGGGCCAACCGCCGGGGAGAGCGCGCCGCCCGGGAUUAACUGCUCAGGGCCUAGAGUUGGGAAGCUGCGGGGCGCAGGGGGCGGGGUGGUGGGUGCGGUGGAGCGUCCCCGACCAGGAAACGCUCAGGCACCCACUGUGGCCCGUGAGGGGAUUGCCCUCCCUGCGGGGUAGACAGACACAGGGCUCAAAGAGUGCUGCAGCCGCCCCCAGCCCUGUUAUGGGGAGUAUGGCCCCAGGUGACACAAUGGCCGCAGGCCCCAUGGCGGCUGGCUUCUUCCAGCCCUUCAUGUCACCGCGCUUCCCAGGGGGCCCCCGGCCCACCCUGCGGAUGCCGAGUCAGCCUCCCGCAGGCCUCCCUGGCUCCCAGCCCCUCCUCCCUGGCGCCAUGGAGCCCUCCCCACGAGCCCAGGGGCAUCCGAGCAUGGGCGGCCCAAUGCAGAGGGUGACGCCUCCUCGUGGCAUGGCCAGUGUGGGGCCCCAGAGCUAUGGAGGCGGCAUGCGACCCCCACCCAACUCCCUUGCCGGCCCAGGCCUGCCUGCCAUGAACAUGGGCCCAGGAGUUCGUGGCCCGUGGGCCAGCCCCAGUGGAAACUCGAUCCCCUACUCCUCCUCAUCCCCCGGCAGCUACACGGGACCCCCAGGAGGAGGUGGGCCCCCUGGAACACCCAUCAUGCCUAGCCCUGGAGAUUCCACCAACUCCAGCGAAAACAUGUACACUAUCAUGAACCCCAUCGGGCAGGGCGCCGGCAGGGCUAAUUUCCCGCUCGGCCCUGGCCCGGAGGGCCCCAUGGCCGCCAUGAGCGCGAUGGAGCCUCACCACGUGAACGGAUCCCUGGGCUCGGGCGACAUGGACGGGUUGCCGAAGAGUUCCCCCGGCGCCGUGGCCGGCCUGAGCAACGCCCCGGGCACCCCGCGGGACGACGGCGAGAUGGCGGCCGCCGGGACCUUCCUGCACCCGUUCCCGAGCGAAAGCUACUCGCCAGGGAUGACCAUGAGCGUGUGAUGGGGCGGCAGCCCCGGGCCUCUCUGCGGGCCUAGGCUUCUGCCCAGCGCCCCUGCUCAGGGCGAGGGGCUGAGGUCACACCUCGGGCACCUGGACUCCUGGCCAAUCAAGGCUUGCCCAGCUGGGAGGCCCCACACGAAAGACUCUUACCAUUUUAUUAAAAACGCAAGGACCUCAGAGACGUUCUUUUCUGUAUGGACCCUUCCUGCCAUUUGUAUUUUGUCCCAGAGAGAAAGGCUCUUUGGGGGGCCCCUCUCCCCAGGACGUCAGGGGGUGGGGGCCCAUCAAUAAAUGGAAGCUGGUUUUGGUUUUUGGUA